AUUGAGCUAUGCCGUCCGUAUAUUUACCGAUCCAAACUCGUCGUGCUAAGAAGUGCUCCACCACUAGAACAUCUCGUUCCGAUUCCGAUUACACCACAUUGGUGCUUGAUUCUUUCAGAAUCUAACUUGGAUCGUUAUCCUUGUUCUUACCGUUCAGUCGUUGAGCAAACCUCCAAGAAGUCGCACGGAUUCCUCCAGAUCUCGUCCCCAACAAGGACAGUGUCGGUGAUUAUAGGCCCCAGCGUUUCAUAAGUGUGUUAGUCCCUGUGGUCGCGUUUGUGGUUUUACAGCAGUUGAAAUUGUGUAGUAUUUUAACAUGCCCGGAAAGGGACUUCUAUCUCAGGAUCCUGUCUAUCAGAAGAUCAAAAAAUAUCACUCAGAGCAUGGAGCUUCGAUAAAUAUCAAGAGAAUCUUCCAGGAAGAUGACAUUCGUUUCGAUAAGUUCAGCUUGAAAUUAUCUACUCCCGAAGAUGGAGACAUUCUGCUGGACUACUCGAAGAACCGCAUCACCGAUGAUGCAUGGAACAUGUUGCUUGAAUUGGCCGAGACACGUGACGUUGUCAAGACUCGUAACGAUAUGUUCGGCGGUGAACGUAUUAACAUCACCGAGAACCGUGCCGUGUUACAUGUGGCUUUGAGAAACCGCUCCAACACCCCCAUCCUCGUUGAUGGAAAAGAUGUUAUGCCCGACGUUAAUGCCGUGUUGGCUCACAUGAAGGAGUUCACCGAGCAAAUUUUGGACGGCGUUUGGCGUGGUUAUACCAACAAGAAAAUCAGUGAUGUUGUCAAUAUUGGCAUUGGAGGAUCAGAUCUUGGUCCGUUGAUGGUGAGCGAGGCACUGAAGCAUUACAAUACCGGCAUUCGUUCUCAUUUCGUAUCCAACGUUGAUGGUACCCAUGUUGCCGAGACGCUGAAAAAAUUGGACCCGGAAACAACACUGUUCAUUAUUGCUUCUAAAACAUUUACCACCCAAGAAACUAUUACUAAUGCAACAGCCGCUAAAAAUUGGUUCCUGGAACGGUGCGGCGAAAAGGAACAUGUUGCGAAACAUUUCGUUGCUCUGUCGACUAACAAGGAGAAAGUGGCCGCUUUCGGCAUCGACACCAAGAACAUGUUCGAAUUCUGGGAUUGGGUUGGUGGACGCUACUCACUGUGGUCAGCAAUCGGUCUGUCCAUCUCGCUGGCUAUUGGUUUCGAUAAUUUCGAAAAACUGCUGGAAGGUGCGCAUUACAUGGAUAGGCAUUUCAUGACUGCUCCACUGAAUGAAAAUGCUCCCGUGAUUCUCGCUUUGAUGGGAAUUUGGUACUCUAACUUCUACGGUGCGGAGACUCACGCUCUGUUGCCAUACGAUCAGUAUAUGCAUCGAUUUGCUGCCUACUUCCAGCAGGGCGACAUGGAAAGUAACGGCAAAGGCGUCACAAAAUCUGGCGCUCGUGUUGACUUCAACACCGGCCCAAUUGUCUGGGGUGAGCCGGGCACCAACGGACAGCAUGCAUUUUAUCAACUGAUUCAUCAGGGUACCCGCCUGAUUCCGUGUGAUUUCAUCGCUCCGGUCAUCACCCACAAUCCGGUGGAGAAUGGGGCCAUGCAUAAAAUACUGCUCGCCAACUAUCUCGCCCAGACUGAGGCAUUAAUGAUGGGUAAAACCGAAGACCAGGCCCGCAGUGAUUUGGAGAAGGCAGGCCUAUCAGGCGAAAAGCUCGAAAAGCUACUACCUCACAAAGUAUUCACCGGUAACCGGCCGACGAACUCGAUUCUCGUCAAAAAGGUCACUCCGUUCACGCUGGGUGCACUGAUCGCCAUGUACGAGCAUAAGAUCUUCACCCAGGGCGUCAUCUGGGAUGUGAACUCGUUCGAUCAGUGGGGCGUCGAGCUGGGUAAGGCUCUGGCGAAGGCGAUCGAGGUUGAUCUAGCCGACAGCAACCAAACUACCUCCCACGAUUCUUCCACCAAUGGUUUGAUCAACUUCAUCAAAAUCAACUGGGAACAUGAGCAUCAGAUUUAAGCAGGCAGGGUUUUUUAUCGGUCAUCACCUUGGCGGAAAGUACAUGCUGCACAUUAUGGUUAUUGUUGUUAAGCAAACAUACAGAUAUCAGUAAAUUAUUCUCAAACGUACAUACGGCUCUGGCCGAGGAAAACGUUCCAUAUUAGGAAAAAAAAAAGUUCAAUUUUAUCUCAAUUGCUUAAUGGCACAGCAUACGAGUAGUGCAAGUAUAUGUGCAUGGGAGCUUCAAAGAAAAAGCAAAAACAAGAAAUAAAUGUUUUAAAUUCUACUAAAAAA